UAUAUAAGCUGCUGUGGAUUGGAGGACUCUGGAAACAGUGUUAAGGAGAGGGACACCAUAAUUCCUAUCUUCCUGUCCUUCUUACCACACCAUGUGGAAGGACAGACGGGCUCAGCUCUGUCUUUUCUCAGUUCUUCUUGCCUUCCUGCCUUCUGCUUCCUCACUCAAUGAACACCUGAAGUAUAUGGUGCUGGUCCCUUCUCAACUCUACACUGAGACCCCUGAGAAAAUCUGCCUCCAUCUAUACCAUCUGAAUGAGACAGUGACCGUCACAGUAUAUAUGUUAUAUCCUGGGAAACUGAGAAACCUUUUCGAUAAUCUUGUGGUUGACAAGGACUUGUUCCAAUGUGUUUCCUUCAUUAUUCCUAGACUCUACUCUUCUGAUAUAGAGGACUUUAUCUAUGUCAACAUCAAAGGGCCAACACGUCAGUUCAGUGAAAGACUUGUGGUGCUUUUGAAGAACAAAGAAAGUGUUGUCUUUGUCCAGACAGAUAAGCCCGUGUACAAACCAGGACAGUCAGUUAAAUUUCGGGUUGUUGCUAUGGAUAAAAAUCUACGCCCCCUGGAUGAGUUGUUUCCUUUGGCUUACAUUGAGGAUCCGAAAAAGAACCGAAUUAUGCAGUGGUGGGAUAUUAAGACAGAGAAUGGACUUAAACAAAUGUCCUUCAGCCUGGCAUCAGAGCCCAUUCUGGGUACCUAUAAGAUAGUGGUGCACAAACAGUCAAGGUUGAAGGAAGAACACUCCUUUACUGUGAUGGAAUUUGUGCUUCCCAGAUUUAAUGUCGACCUGAAGGUCCCAAAUGCCAUCUCUGUGAAUGAUGAAAUACUCAAUGUGACUGCAUGUGGGAAAUAUACCUAUGGGAAGCCUGUCCCAGGACAUGUGAAAAUAAGCAUCUGCCAUGAAACAGAGACUGGAUGCAAAGAAGUCAACUCCCAG